AUAACUCGUCUGAAGAUUGAUAGGAAUCCAUUUGCCAAAGGCUUUAGAGAUUCGGGACGUAACAGAAUGGGACUGGAAGCUUUGGUAGAGUCUUAUGCUUUCUGGAGACCUUCACUGAGAACACUGACCUUUGAAGAUAUACCUGGGAUACCCAAACAAGGAAAUGCAGGUUCCUCUACUUUGCUCCAGGGAUCUGGCACUGGAGUGCCAUCUACCCACCCUCACCUUUUACCGGGUUCCCCUUGCUCAUCUCCAGCCUUCCACCUCAGUCCCAACACUAGCCAGCUCUGUAGCCUUGCUCCAGCUGACUACACAGCUUGUGCCCGCUCAGGCUUGACCCUGAACAGAUACAGCACUUCUUUGGCUGAAACUUACAACAGGCUCACAAACCAAACCAGUGAGACGUUUGCACCCCCAAGGACUCCCUCCUAUGUUGGUGUGUCGAGUAGCACAACUGUGAAUAUGUCUAUGAGUGGCAAUGACGGGGAUGCAUUCAGCUGCCCACAGACUGGCUUAUCUAUGCAGAUUUCAGGGAUGUCUCCACAGCUCCAGUACAUCAUGCCAUCCCCAUCCAGCAAUGCCUUUACCACUAAUCAAACCCACCAAGGCUCCUACAACACGUUUAGAUUGCACAGUCCCUGUGCGCUCUAUGGAUAUAACUUUUCCACAUCCCCUAAACUGGCUGCCAGUCCUGAGAAAAUUGUUUCUUCCCAAGGAAGUUUCUUGGGGUCCUCGCCAAGUGGAACCAUGACGGAUCGGCAGAUGUUGCCCCCCGUGGAAGGAGUGCACUUACUUAGCAGUGGGGGGCAGCAGAAUUUCUUUGACUCUAGGACCCUAGGAAGCUUAACACUCUCGUCUUCUCAAGUGUCUGCACAUAUGGUUUGAUGAAACCUUUAAGUAAAAGUACAGUAUGUUUGGUGUCUACAAUAUAUUUCUUUCGCAAUAUGAAAGGACACUCGGCGUAGCUUGUAAAGUGUGUGUGUAUAUAUAAUAUGAGAGGAAGUUUCACUGAAUUUUUGCCUCGCUUGUGGCCAGAUUAUUCUCCUAUUUUGUGUUACACAGAGUUUGCUGUGGUGUAGACUGCUUUAGUUUUCUGGUAUAAUACCCUUAGUUGUAUAACACGUUGGGACAUAUGAAACAAAUUAAGUAAGACUUCCUCCCCUUUCCCCCUCCUCUGUUCUAACCCCUUUAAAGAAUGAAAUAACACUUGGAGUACUAAACAGCACACACAAGCCCACUUACACUUCCUAGAGUACUAGUGAGUUUCUUUUAAGACAUUGACACAAUGAUAAGUUGAUGCACCAAGGGCAUUUUACAAGUUUCUUCUCUGUUACAAGGGAUCUGAAGGGUAUUUGGAUUUUUAAGUGUUAAGAAUCAAACAUCCAGCCUAAAAUAGAAGUUUAGCUAAUGGAUUAUUUACAAAGUAAACAGAAAGAUUAGCUUGCCUUCUCAUGAUACACUGUUUUCAGCUUUUCAAUGGCACAUCAUUCUCGCUAGGAUUUUCUUUCAGCAUUAGCCUACAGUUAUGAUUAGGUAUUUGAAGAUAAAUAAUGCGUAUUCAGAUAGUGGUGAAUGAAGUAAUUUAAACCAACAGCAGAAGAAGAGGCAUUCCUCAGUACAGAAUGAACUUUGGUGUGCUUAAUUUUUGUCAAAGGGAAGGGCUUGAUGCAUUUUUUUUCCUGCAUAAAUAUUGCCUAUAAGACAUUUACUGGACAGUAGGGUAAUCUAAUGUGUCUUUGGUUUUGUAUUUUUAAUUUUUUUAAAGGAAAAUGCAGGUUUCCUUGGGUGGGGGGGGGGGGAGGCAAGGAGGAUGAGAAGUUCCAUUAUUGAUUUUACCCACCUAUG